AUGGAGAUGGCUUUGGCCACCGAGAAUGGGGAGGAGGAGAAGGAGUGGGAAAAAAUAUCGAAAAUUGCCCAUUCGCUCUACCCGAAUGACAGUGGAGAUUCCAGCUGCCAAACGGCGUUCCGUUUUGACACGAACGAACUCCCGUGCAACCUCGUCGGUGGCAUGUCGUUGCGAGAGGAUGCAAAGCUCGGUCCAGCCAGCAUCUGA